AUGUCUUCCAAGAAGAAGGUCCUCCUCAAGAUCAUCAUCCUUGGCGACAGCGGUGUUGGCAAGACCAGUCUGAUGAACCAAUAUGUCAACAAGAAAUUCAGCGCGAGCUACAAGGCGACAAUCGGUGCGGAUUUCCUGACCCGCGAGGUGAUCAUCGACGAUAAGCAGGUGACGAUGCAGCUAUGGGACACAGCCGGUCAGGAGCGUUUCCAGUCGCUAGGCGUGGCCUUCUACCGUGGUGCAGACUGUUGCGUUUUGGUCUACGAUGUGAACAACUCCAAGAGCUUCGAGGCUUUGGACAGCUGGAGGGACGAGUUCCUCAUUCAAGCUUCGCCGAGAGAUCCACCCAACUUCCCAUUUGUGGUUCUGGGCAACAAGAUUGAUGUGGAGGAGAGCAAGCGAGUGAUUUCAAACAAGCGCGCGAUGACUUUCUGUCAGUCAAAGGGCGACAUCCCAUAUUUCGAGACAAGUGCCAAGGAGGCCGUCAACAUUGACCAAGCGUUUGAGGUCAUUGCCCGCAAUGCUCUCGCUCAGGAGGAAUCGGAGGAGUUCAGCGGCGAUUUCGAUGACCCGAUCAACAUCCGCAUCGAUAACCCCAACGAGGGCUGCUCUUGCUAA